UCAACACUGCAUACACAGGAUGGACGACACAUGCGACUGAUCCCCUGAUCCUCCACUUACCGUGACCUCCAGCUCGUUUUCGAGGACAUCGGGAAAUGCAUUGAAGUUGGUCACGGCCACGAAGUAAAUGCCCUCCGUCAGAACUGUCGAGACCUGGGCGUUCAAAUCACCGGGGGGGUCUCGAUCGUUGUUAACUUGGCGGCAUUGCUCAAACCGCAGCAAUCUGUAAAGAAACACGCAUUUCAAAUAAGCAUUUUACCCGCCUUAAGUGAGUUAAGUAUCUUACCGUUCAACAGCGCUAUAACUGGGUCAUUCUCACGUCUUGUUGUGUCGUCACCGCUCGUCUUUAUGGUCACUUGACCCGCCGAGGUAACAACGAUUCUAUAGAUUUGAGCAUCGAGAGAAGGGUUGAAGCACGGGAUAUAGCCUCGAACGCUGUGCAAAAAUGAGCACAUAUGCAUCCAGGCGUCACGUCGUUGUGAGCCGAAUGUUCGACUCACACGUUCUCACCGGUGGUGACAGGUAUCGGGUCGGUCGUGCCACUGGGGCAGGUGAUAGUUCUCGUUCCUGUUCCCUGGGCUGUCACCUGCGUACAUCACAUUAAUCUUCACACCACGUGAGUGAAUGCGUGCCUGCCUACCCAUGAGGAGCACACACCGGAGAGUUCCUGUCCCUCCUCACACUCUAGAAGAGACACGGUAUGCGUCACACACACAUCGGUCACCGACUCGUGCUAUUCGUUUCAUUGAUACCAGGAUAGAAGCAGUCGCCCUCCCAGAAGCAGCAGGAAUUGCCCUGCAUGCAGUGACAUAUUUCUGCCUACUGACUGGCGCAGGUCGCUGGAUGCCUUUCUCACCUUAGCGCACUCAUCCCGGCUGAGGUCUGACUGACCCAGCUGAGUACAGUCUCGCACGGCCCCCCACAAACUCAUCCGGCUCGCAUAUUCCGUCAUCCGGGCCGAAAUGCAGUCUCUCCUUCCCAUCCGGGUUGGCAUUCUUCUUGACGCCCUUGAGUUCCUCGACGAGCGCAUCGCUCAUGGGGUUGACAUCGACAUACAUCAGAAUGGGCGCCCCCUGCGAAGUCCCGCUGACGUACAACUGGGCGCAAACUCUUCCGUCGAAAUGAGCUGACGUCCUUCCCUAUCAGCCAAAGACAGAAAGACGUCACCAGCAGACAGAGACGCCGCCACCACGCAACACAAACAACAAAGCGGGUUGCCCCUGUCUGUCUGCGAGUGGAUAGGUCGCUUGUGCUGACCCACCCAAUCGGAGGGUCCCUUGUCCCCUUUUUCCUUGUUGCCCUUGUACUGCCUUAGGCUCGUGGCAAAUUGAUGGCACUCAAGUUGGCCUUGGCACUUGCCGUUGCCCGCCAGUGUCUUCUCUCGGCUGUCUGUCAUGGCCCAGGGGGAGGGCGCGUCGAACUCGAGCGACACGGGGCCCUCCUUCAAUGUCUUGGGCUUGGUAUCCGACGAGUCGACAGAGAAGGCCGCAGUCAUCUUCUUCUUCCUGUCAUACUCCAGCAAGGUGUAGCGCACGUGGCCCUUCAGAGCCUCAGGCCUCGAGUUGUCCGUCAGGACCGAAACUGACCAGUGCAAUAGACACGGCAGCAAUCAACACAGACAGACAGACAGUCCCACGCGUCGACCGCACAAGGGGCUUUACCGACCGAAGGUGAAGUCGCUCGUCACAGCCGGCGACAGCUUCAGGCUCAGAGGCUUGCCGGAGUUGAUAUCAAUGGGGGCUCUGGAUGAGGACACAUUCAUGAACCCAUCGCCUUUGCCUUGCCCUUCCAGGGGCACGUGGACAAAACCGCCCAGUACAUCAGCCGGACCUGCACACUCACACAGACAGGCAGAGAGGCCAUCACGCCCUCCCACCAUUCCACCAUUGUCGGUGGUAGGAGCCGUCGCCGCAUACCGUGUGUCUUAAGCUGCGCGGGAUUGACUUUGGUGCCGCAGGUCUUGGGGCCACUGACGGACCCCUUACUGAUCAAGUACUCGGUCGGCAUCCCGUCCUUCUGCAAGAAGCACUUCUUGUCGGCCGAAAAGGUGAAUGCCUUGCAAGCUGUGGUUGUCUCACACGCCGUUUGACAGGCCAU